GCAACCGGGGAAGCCGGGCUGUGAAGCGGGCAAUUUCAGUGUGAGACAGAGCCGCGAGACCGAGUGGUGGCUCCCAGCGCGGCGCGGCAGCUCCUCCCGCCCGGGGUCAGCGCCCGGCGCGCGCACGCGCACCCCUGCCGCCCGCGUCGUCGGUCGGUCGGUCGGUCGUCGGUCGUCGUGUCGCCGCCGCCGUCGCCGUGGGCGCCACCUGAGGGAGCCUUCGCCGUGGGGCGCGACCGGACCCGACCCGACCGUGCUGCGGAGACCGGCCUGGGGCCCUGGGGGACGGCGACAGGGACGUCGCGCAACUUGGUUGGUCAGCACGUUGAUGCGAGUUGCCUUCUGACGUAGCUGUAGCCAUGGCCCAAUGCUAGGACCUGCAUGUCCUGUACCCAAGGACAGUCCAGAAUGACGGAAGAAGCAUGCCGAACCCGAAGCCAGAAGCGAGCCCUUGAGCCUGACCUGACAGAGGACGGUGUGGAGAGCAAGAAAGUGAAAAUGGAGAGAGGACUGUCAGCUUCAGACCUCAGCCCUGAGGGUGACACAAGAGUGACACCAGAGCUGGGAGCAGGCCCAGCCCAAGGACUUCUGGGGGUCUCGGAGGCCCCGGCAGUGGCUGUGGGCAGAGGCGAAGGGCUGCUGGGUGACGGGCCAGUGGACAUGCGUACCUCCCACAGUGACAUGAAGUCAGAGAGGAGGCCCCCUUCGCCUGACGUGAUUGUGCUGUCUGACAAUGAGCAGCCUUCCAGCCCACGUGUGAAUGGGUUGACCAAUGUGGCCCUGAAGGAGACCAGCACUGAGGCCCUCAUGAAAAGUAGUCCUGAAGAACGGGAAAGGAUGAUCAAGCAGCUGAAAGAAGAGCUAAGACUAGAAGAAGCAAAGCUCGUUCUGUUAAAAAAGCUUCGGCAGAGUCAGAUACAAAAGGAAGCCACCACCCAGAAGCCGGCAGGUUCUGCCGGGAGUGCUGUGACCACCCCUCCCCCGCUCGUACGGGGCACCCAGAGCCUUCCUGCGGGCAAGACAUCACUUCAGACCUCUUCCCGAAUGCCGGGCAGUGUCAUCCCGCCACCCCUGGUCCGCGGCGGGCAGCAGGUAUCCUCCAAGCUGGGACCGCAGACCAGUUCACAGGUCGUCAUGCCCCCGCUUGUCAGGGGGGCCCAGCAGAUCCACAAUAUCAGACAACAUUCCAGCACAGGGCCACCUCCUCUGCUCCUGGCACCCCGCGCUUCUGUGCCCAGUGUGCAAAUUCAGGGACAGAGAAUCAUCCAGCAGGGACUCAUCCGUGUCGCCAAUGUCCCCAAUGCCAGUCUGCUCGUGAACAUCCCACAGGCCACCCCAGCCUCUCUGAAGGGGACGACAGCUGCCUCCGCACAGGCCAACUCCACACCCACCAGCGUGGCCUCUGUGGUUGCUUCUGCUGAGUCCCCAGCCAGCCGGCAGGCGGCAGCCAAGCUCGCCCUGCGCAAACAGCUGGAGAAAACACUGCUGGAGAUCCCCCCACCCAAGCCCCCUGCCCCGGAGAUGAACUUUCUGCCCAGUGCUGCCAACAACGAGUUCAUCUACCUGGUUGGCCUGGAGGAGGUGGUGCAGAACCUGCUUGAGACGCAAGCGGGCAGGAUGUCAGCAGCAGCCGCUGCCGCCGCCGCCGCCGCAGCUGCUGCUGUGCUGGCCCGAGAGCCCUACAUGUGCGCGCAGUGCAAGACUGACUUCACCUGCCGCUGGCGCGAGAAGGGCGGUGCCAUCAUGUGUGAGAACUGCAUGACAUCCAACCAGAAGAAGGCACUCAAGGUGGAGCACACCAGCCGCCUGAAGGCCGCCUUUGUGAAGGCGCUACAGCAGGAGCAGGAGAUUGAGCAGCGCCUGCUGCAGCAGGGCCCAUCACCUGCCGUGGCCAAGGCCGAGCCCGCCACCGCCCCGCACCCCGCGCUGAAGCAGGUCAUAAAGCCCCGGCGGAAGCUGGCGUUCCGCUCAGGAGAGGCGCGCGACUGGAGUAACGGGGCUGUGCUACAGGCCUCCAGCCAACUGUCCCGGGGCUCUGCUACGACGCCCCGAGGCGUCCUGCACGCAUUCAGCCAGUCACCCAAACUGCAGAACGCAGCCUCAGCCACGGCCCUGGUCAGCAGGACCGGCAGACAUUCCGAGCGAGCUGCAGGGACCGCCAAGGGCAGUGCUGCUGCCAGCUGGAAGAAGACGCCCCUGAGUGCAGGUGGGACCCUCGCGUUCGUCAGCCCCAGCCUGGCUGUGCACAAGACAGCCUCUGCCGUGGACCGCCAGCGAGAAUACCUCCUUGACAUGAUCCCACCACGUUCCAUCCCCCAGUCGGCCACGUGGAAAUAGUCUGAGCCCGGCCCAGUGGAGGACAUGCGCCCUCCGCCCCGCCCCGCCCACACUGGGCGCCACACUGCAGGAUGCCGAGGCGCCGCGCUUGCCUGAGCAGCAGCCCUGGGCACGGUGGGGUGAUAGGCCGCUCUCCUGGUGACAAGGGUCAGAACCGAGGGACCUUUCCCUGGGCUUUCUUCCUUCCUCUCUUUGCCUUUAGUUUGCCCAACACCAGCAGAAACAUGGACCUCAGGGCCGGCUCAGGUCCCAGCCCUGCCGGGCCCAGUGGCACUUGGCGGCUCACUCUGGACACUGACUGCCCGGCGCCGGCCUUGGAAGCUGAGCGGGGGGCCUUGUUUCUUUAUGCUUCUCCCUGUCUUAGGCUCUGAAUUUUUGCUUCCCUUCCUGCCAAUCUAUAGGUUGAAAGUUGUGUUUGUUUUGUUUUGUUUUGUUUUAAUCACCUCAUGAUGAUGGAGUUGAGAGUAGGCCUUGCAGGCCGUGUUGUCUGGAUAGGGCCCCGCGGUGCACCGCCCCCAGGUGGCUGGCCAGGCCCUGGCGGCUCAUGGACACGGGGAUGCCAGCCACAUCCCACUGAAAGCCUCAUUGCUGCUCUUUUGGGACCUCUAGAGUCCCCAGACCCACACUCAGCAGAAGAACAAACUGUAGCCAGGCCCUGCCCAGGACCCAGGAUUCAGAAGUCUACAGUCAUGGCCGAGCCAUCUGGAAGCCAAGUGAGGGGAGGCUCCGGGGCAGGGCUGUGUGAUGGAGGUUUAUUUUAUUAAAUGUUUCCUUUCUACUCAUUUCGAUGGACACUCUCAAGCUGCCCCUGGAGGCGUCGUGCAGGGGCAGGGCAGGGCAGGGCAAGCUGAGCCCCAGACCUGAGGCGCUUUGGGGCACUUGAGUGUGGCCAGAACCGGUCCCCAGGCUGGGGCUGCUAUCAGGGUUUGCUUUCUGACUUCUUUUUUUUUUAAGGAUCAGGUCUGCUUUUAGUUUUUCUUCCCUUCCCGUUCUUCUAAAAAUGGGUUCCGUGAGAAAGGCAGAGCUGUUGCGUGUGUCUGCCGCAGCUCCAUGUCAGCUCGGAGGAGGGAGCGUGGCUCCCAGGUCUGCUCCAGCCUGUCUCCCUACCGAUGCAAUUAGGGACUUUAAUUUAAAACCUUCAUUCUGUAGGACGUUCUCCAAACAACUGCGACAGCCAGCGUUCUAAUAAAGGCUCAUUUAACCCCA